AUGAAGCCCAAUGUCUGGAAUAUAAAGGAGAUGUUGAAUAUCCCUGCAACGUCUGGAGGGAUAAAAACUGGUAAGGGUCCUGGAACCAGUGACUACUCCAGCCUGAGUGACUCCCAGUUUCUCUUGGGCUCUCAAAUGUGGCCUGACAAUUCACAAGGGUUUACUCAGGAGAUGAGUGGACAGAGCAAAGGUUCUCAGCAUACCUCACAGGAAAUGAAGGAAAUUAUGAUGUCCAGCAGCUAUAGCUCUAAGCCGCUGUUGUUUGGUGGUGAUGGCAAAAUCUCAAACUUCACCAGUAGCAAAUAUGUUGGCAUGUUAGACAAAUUUGAGGAGGAGAAGAAGACCCAAGAAAAAUAUGAAAGGGAAAUUCUCACUCAUGGAAUUCUACAACUGCAGGAAUCUCUGGAAAAUACCAGAGAGACUUUGUUAAAUCGUAUUGAUGGAAGUAACGACAUAACCAAAGUUGUAAUGGAAAAAAUUGGACACUUUUUCAAAACAGUUGAAUGUUAUUUAAACAGUGUGAAAGAAGGUAUAACAUAUCAGUUUGAGACUCUGCAGAGCCGAACACAAAUAGAUAUGGGAGACAGGGAUGCCAAGUGCAGUCUGGCUGCAGAAGAGUUAAGCUCAGGCAUGCUUAACCUCCAACAGGAUCUGGAACAUCUGAAAGCAGAGCAGAGCAAAGAGCAGGGCAUGCUGGGAAAAAUUCUGUCUCAGCUUAGCAAUUUGAUUUCUAUUCACAAGCCGAUGACAGGACCUGGCUCUGCUAGAAUGAUUGACAGUGAGGUUCAGACAUCACCCAGUUUAUUACAGAGGUUCUGUGUCAUAUUAGCUGAAAAAGAACACGAGAGCAAGAUGAUACGCAACAGGCCUGUCAUUUAUUCAGGAAAAGCAACAGAGCAGAACCAGUGUCCGCUUACAACACAGAAGACACGAAACAGAAAUGCACAUGCUCUGCCUGAAGAAAGACAGCAGACAGUAGUCACAGAGGAGGUUUCCUUGAAUGCUUCACAGAGUUUAUGGGGCACACAAUUAGUCGAGAACAUAGAGGACCAUGGAGGACAGAAGCCUGAAAAACCACUGCAAUUGAGAGAGAGCCGAUUUGUCACUGAUGCGAUGCCACCACUAAAAAUACCUAAGAGGCGCCAAAAACCACUGAAUUAUAGGGGGAAAAAGAGAGCCCUGGUUCUGCCCCAAAGACAGCCGGUAAAAAAAAAAGAAGCAAGUUUUUCAAAGGGCAGCCAGCAGAAUGAAGACCUUCAAUUUGAACAAAAAGACAGAGAACCUUUGGCUUCUCUUUGUGGCAACUGGAACAUGACCAAGUCUGUUGGAGGGGAUCACCUAAAACUACAGCAGCAGGCGACUGUAGCACCAGUCAGUACGUGUGUAGCUGAACAACCACUAAACCCUUUCAGUUUGUGGUCUGAGGACACAGACAGCUCCCAACUGAUGGUGGAAAAUGAGGUUUUUGAACCAAAAGCUAGUGUCAUAGAAGGAGAAGACGGCCUCUGGCAGCUUUUUGAUUUCACUAAUGACUCAGAAUAAGAUGCAGAAUACUUCCAUCCUGCAUUCCUUCUGAUUAUACUUACAUGUGCGAAAUUAUUUAGAGUAUAUCCUAUGUUCAUUUUUUUUUUUUAAAUGUUAGAACUUGAAAUUGCCUGUGAACAUGCAAACCUUUCUUAGCUGUAUACACAUUAUUCUUCUGUUGCUUUACCUUGUUGAUUCUUUUUGAAGUAUGGAUUAUAAAAGCAUAAAGACAAAUAGACAGACUUUGCUAUAUCUGAAAGAAUUUUGUUCUGUUUUUCUAAUGCCUUAGGCAUGUCAUAUUCGAGAAAUUUGUGUUUUUUGGUCUUACACACAUUGUAGACAAAUACUUAGUGUAACAUCAAUAGAUAUAAAAUACUUUUAAAAUAUUUUUAAAACUUUGUUUGACAUAAAUUUAGCCAUGGUUAGGUU